UUACCUCCAUCAUUCCACUGAAUAGAUCUGACCAACAGGCCUGCUAUCAGGUAACAACAGAGAAAUGCCCACUUUGUUAUCUAUUUAAACAUUUGAACAGUCAAAUGCUUCCAAGAUAUGAGAGCACAAAUAGUUUCUAUUAUAUUGAACACAUUUUUAAUCCAAAAGGAAAGAGGGUGAAAGGUGUAUAUAUAAAGGUAUGAAGCCAGACGCUCACAAACAAAGUAGGCAAUUUUAAGGGUGAGAGAACUAAGAUCACUCUCAGAUUCCGAUUAGCAGCCUCACACUGUAGUUUACUUCAACAUAUUGAUAUUUAUAAUUCAACAUGUUUUUGAAAAGAAACACCUGUUUGCUCGUCUUUUUGCUGUGUUCUCUAACCUUGUGGUGCAAGUUGACCAGCGCAGGCUCCAGCUUUCUCAGCCCUUCACAAAGACCUCUGAACAAGGGGAAGUCUUCCAGAGUCGGCCGCCAAGUCAUGGACGAGCCUAGUCAACUCACCAAGGAUAACCACAUCACAAUAAGUGCCCCCUUCGAAAUUGGCUUCACUAUGAGAGAGGAGGACUUUGAGGAGUACGGUGUUGCGCUGCAGGAGAUCAUUCAGCAUCUGCUGGGAAACACAGAGGCUGCAGCAGAAAGACAAUCACAACUUUGAGGCUCAAACAAGAAUGUUAACACCUUCAGAGACCCACGUGCCU